UUCCCAUUUGUCGUACACUUUGUACUUGCUCAAGAAACUCAUGUUAGUCUACUUUUGGCUGUUACGCAGAUUGUUCGUAUCGUUCGUUCGUCAGCUCGUUCCGUUCGUACCGUUCGUGCCUGUGCCUCUGCCUCUGUGUGUCAGUGCCAGCAGUGCCAGCGCCUCUCCGUCAGUGCCAGUGCCAGUGCCCGUAGUGCCCGUAGUGCCCGCAGCGCUAGUGCCUGUCGUGCCGCUCGCCUCGCUCGAUUCGAUACCGUAUUCAGUGUGCCCGUACGGUACUUUCGCAUUGCAUUGGCUCGCUGUGCUUUCGCCUCUUUGCCUUUGGAUUCGCCAUCGCCAUCGCCAUCGCCAUCGCCAUCGUCUCUGACUCUGACUCCGACUCCAGCUCCAACUGUGACUGCAAGUCCGACUCCGACUACGACUCCAGCUUCGUCUCCGUCUUCGUCUUCGCCCAUCCUCGUCUACGGCGGCGGCGGCGACUGUAACCUGGCAUAAGCAUAAACAAGCAGCAGCAGGCGCUAAGAUUCUCGAGCCACGUAGUUCGCAGUUCAAGUCCCAUCAAAUCGCAAACUGUUCCCGACUCUGGGAUUGCUCAACCGUUCAAUCGUUUAACCGUCGGCAAUGCGCACCAACAAAAAAGUGUAAAACAAAUUCGCGCAAGUUUUUUCAAUACAAGUGUUUCACACCCACACACACACACACACGCCCCCACACACACACAUACAUACAAAAAGAGUGCUACAUGGAUACAAAAUAAUUAAGAAAUUGAUCAAAGUUGAUUAAGGAAAUUGCAAACAACAGAAUUUGGAGACAACUAACGCAAGAAGUUUUUAGUUAAUGAAGCAAAAAUCGUUUCCCAAUUCGAACGAAUUGGAGAAUUGUGUGUUCGAAUUGCGUUUGCUUUCGUUCGACUCGUGCCGUGCGUUUUUUUCAAAAAUACACAAAUAAUUAUUAGUUCAAACUUGGAAAGCAAACCGAAAUUAAAUGACAGUGCACAGUAAUGAAACCGGUGUCUGUUUAGUAAUGAAUGCCGUUUCAACUCGCCUUGCUGCUUCAUCGCCUACCACGCCCUCUUCGAACGCCGCACAGACGCCGCACACGCAGCCCACAGCGACAGCAACGUUGACUCCUCUGCCAGCGCUAGCGAAUCCCACAACCGCCACCGGCUCCGGCUCUGGCUCCGGGUCAGGCCACGGUCCGGGACCGUCGUUGACCGCCGCCGUAGCCGCCGCUGCCGCCGGCCUGCCCACUGGUUUGCCUUUGCCAUUGACCGUACCGGGUCCCGGCAUGGUCACCUCCACAGUGCCGCCGGGCGCGCGCUCCGGCUCGCCAUGCGCAUCAGCCGUAACGCCAUAUGGCUCCGCGUCGGCCGGCAGCAGCAGCGCCGGCGCCGGCCCCUCCACGCUGCCAGCUGUGGGCGUCGGUCCGCCGCCGGGCGUGCCGCCAGCGCCCGGAUCGGGCAACCCGAAUCCGAACCGCUGCUGUGAUACCGGCCGCACCAUCUACACGGAUCCCGUCAGCGGACAGACCAUAUGCUCCUGCCAAUACGACAUGCUGAACUACCAGCGCCUCGCCGCAGCCGGCGGACUGGUCGCCGGACCCGGCGGCGUGCCGCUCGGCGUCUAUCCCGAGGGCAUGUCUGCCUACCUGUCGGGCAUCGCCGCCGAUCAGCCACCAUUCUACGCUAAUCCGGCUGGCAUCGAUCUAAAGGAGAAUCUAGUGGCCGGCGGAGCACCCUGGCCAUAUCCAUCGAUGUAUCAUCCGUAUGACGCAGCCUUUGCCGGUUAUCCCUUUAAUAGCUAUGGCAUGGACCUGAAUGGGGCCAGGCGAAAGAACGCCACGCGCGAGACGACGUCCACGCUGAAGGCCUGGCUGAACGAGCACAAAAAGAAUCCUUAUCCCACAAAGGGCGAGAAAAUCAUGCUGGCGAUUAUCACAAAAAUGACGCUGACCCAGGUGUCCACCUGGUUCGCGAAUGCGAGAAGAAGACUGAAAAAGGAGAACAAAAUGACCUGGGAGCCCAGGAACCGAGUCGAUGACGACGAUGCCAACAUCGACGACGACGAUGACAACGAUAAGAACACCGAGGAGAACGAUUUGCUAGAUGCCAAGGACUCGGGCCUGGGCUCCAAUGACGACAAGGAGCGCAUGGGGCGACUGGGUGACAUGAUGACCGACCGUCCCGGCGAGAGCAACAACAGUGAGUGGUCCGAGUCGCGGCCAGGCUCGCCGAAUGGAUCGCCGGACCUGUACGACCGGCCAGGCACCCAUCCGCUCUUCCAUCCCGCCGCCCUGCAUCACCACUUCCGCCCCCCGACUGGCUCGCCCCCCGACAUCGCCGCCUACCACCACCACCAGCAGCAGCUGCUGCAGCAGCACGCCCAGCAGGCGCAGCAGAACUCCCUGCAAACGGCAGUGGGGGCAACCGGCGGCAGUCUGGCCGUGAAGCCGCGCAUCUGGUCGCUGGCCGACAUGGCCAAGGAUGGCAAGGAGACGAGCUCGGGUAAGGAGAGUUCUCCCGCGGGCGAGCUGCCACCAUCCCAGCCACCGUUCUACGGGCAUGCGGGCCAGCACCAGCACCCGUCUCCUGGCAAGAUACUCUCCCCGCUGGCCGCUCGCAUACCCAACUAUGCGCCGUACGUGCGUCCGGAUCUGUACCGCGGCUUCUACGGCCCGGCGGCAGCAGCUGCCGCACACCUGAGCGCGCCCACGCAGGAGUUUCUCGAGCACCAGCGGCACUUCGGCGCCAGCUUAGCGGCGCACAACGGACUCGGCAUGAAUCCGCUGCUGUGGAAGGCGGCCGUAUCGGGCGCAGCCACCGGUCAGCACUUUGCGCCGCUCAGCCUGACGACCAGCAGCAAUGUGGGCGCAGCGCAGGUGGCACCGCCGCCAGGUGCCUCGCCCUCCGCCUCCAGCUCGUCCUCUUCCAUGGGCUGCGAUGUGGUGCACAUACCCACCAGCAACGCCCACUCGGCGGCACAGCACAUGAUUGGCCCCAUCUCGAGCAACUCGACUUCGUCGUCGUCGUCCUCCAACUCGGGCAAGAUCUCGCCUGGUGUGAAUGUCACCAGCCUCAGCGGCAAGCCAUGACACCCAACGCAGUCAGAUUCAGCAGCCGCUUCCGUAUCCGUAUCCGCAUCCGCAUCCGUAUCAGCAUCCGCAUCCGCAUCCGUGUCCGCGUCCGCAUCCCCCGAUCCGUACGCCACAUUGCCGCCGGCGGUGGCCAAUGGAUCGGGCGCAUCACCGAUCUCGGCAUUCCGGUCGCUGUCGCUGAUCGCCAUACGGGAGCACCACCUGCAGCAGCAAGCACCAAAGCUGGCGCUGCUACGGCCGUAGCCAACUACUACGGUCGUAGUCUAAAAAGAGGAGAAACAAAAACGGGGGAAGGCAACUCAGCCAGCAGCGCGCCUAGCUAUCGAUCUAUAUAUGGGAUCUAUAUAUAGGAUGGUUGGGAUAGUCGACGCAGAUCGGGCUACUUUCGGACAAUAAUUUACAUGUGAUUAUUCGGUAUUUUGAUUAACGCCGCUUACACCAAAUAGCAAGAAUCAUCCCGCUGGCGCUGGGCCCAAUCACUCGGCAUUGGACUGGCCGCCAUCCUGUCAAAGGACUCUGUGCAAUUUUUGUGGGAAUGCAAAUCCUAAAUCUAAUUGAAAAUACAUUAAUUUUAAUACAUACAACUUACGCAAUCAGAGCUUAUAGGAAGUAAAUUUGUAAGAGUUAGUGAGAAACGAUCCCAAUGACAACUAGAAACGAAAGAUGAGAAGCACACAAGAUAUACCCAACUUCGAUGUGUACAGGGUAUGCAUAACACAGGCAAAAUAUAAAAGAAAAAUAGAAAAUGCAGUUAAAUAAGUAUCUCGA